CGUGUGCAGCCGCGCAACCGUGUGUCACAUUGUCUCGAUAGGCGGAGUAGCGAGCGGACCUCGGGCGGUGCGGGAACACACACGCGCAAGCGCUCAUUGAGAAGGAGCUCCGCGCGCCGAUGCGCGAGGACCCUGCCUGCGCGUUCUGAGCUGCGUCUCCCGCCCAGCAUGGCAAACGGGAUGUUAGAUUAUUUGUUUUCCCGCGGCAUCUCUUUUGAACCAUGCAAUGCACGUAUUUCUUUGGUUCUAGGAAAUUCUGCAGAAUGCAGUGUGGGAGCACGUGGUGAAAUGAAACACUGGAGAUGCUGAAGGCUCCUUUUCUGAAGGAAGCAUGAUGAAAACGGAGGCUUCCGGGGAAAGGUCCACCCUGCGGAGUGCCUCACCCCAUCGAAACGCCUACAGGGCUGAAUUUCAGGCUCUGAAGAAAGCCUUCGACCAGCCCCGGCAGGAUGGAGACCCGAAGCAUAAGGAUCCUGAGAGGCCCAAGCAGCCAAGAGGCCGGCAGUAUGGCACCCACGUCAGCAGGAUUAAAGACAUGUUCAUGCAGAUGGGGUCAGAGAAUUCCAGCGCCACCCCCAAAACCAAAGGGAAAGAUGAUGCGUCGCCUCAGAAGAUCAACAAGCCUACAAACUUUGUCAACAGGGCGGAUGGCUCUGUGGUGAAGCUGCAGCCUUCCCUGAGCGAGCGAGCCAGCGGUUCCCACUCCAAGUUCUCCGAAACCAGGAAGCUCUUCGAGCAGAGCACCCGCGAGGCCUCGCAGUCACCCGUCUAUUCUUCCAGUCGGGAGAAGCGGGGUUCCCACGAGCAUCUGGACGACUUGAGGGGCACGCGAUCCAACAGGGGCAGCACGGACUCCCUGGACAGCCUUUGCUCCAGGACCGAGGCCUCGUCGCCCACCGUUAGCCAGCUGAGCGCUGUUUUCGAGAAUGUGGAGCAGCAGCAAACCAUGGGCUUCAGGAAGGGUGGUGGCGGGCGGGCUUUGCACUCCCCCGAUGGGUUCCAGCGACCGGCUGAUCUCAGUGAGGAUGACACAAGCUCGCGGCGGUCGCCAACACGCGGCAGCCACAGGUAUCGUGCGGGUAAGAACACCAUCCCUCCAUCAUCGUCCUCAGAAGACCUCCUCAGUCCCAGUCCGGUGUCCGAGGCCAGCAAAGCCAUCUCGGAUGGCGUCCAGCAGAAGACAGCAGAACCCAGAGACAGGGAGAGGGACCAGAGAGACGCCCAAAGCAGGGAACAGGGAGAUGGACACCGGCAGCACAAGCAGGUGGGGACAUACACAGAGGCCGUGGGAGUGAGUACUGACCCGGCUGCAAGCAAGGCUGCAGUCUGUGAUGACGCCACCAGGAAUGCUGCUCACGCGCCAGCCGGCGAGACGGAUGAAGGCACGCGAGGUGGCCCGCCCGAGGACUCGCCUCAGGUGGCAGAGAGUCUGGCCAAGGAGCCCGAGGAGGAGUAUAGUGGCAAUGAGAGGGUCGUUUUUAAUGCCGACGGUGAUGCCUGCUACCAGGGCUGGGGAGAGAGCUGCACGGACCUCGAGGAUGAAGCAUAUGAGGAUGAGUGCUUUGACCCAGGUUCAGAGAUCAAGGAGAUCCCUGGCUUGCCAGAGGAGGCCGAGGGAGAAAUUCCAAAGGGGAGGAAGAUCAGAUUCAGCACUGCUCCGAUGAAGGUUUUUAACACGUACUCGAACGAGGAUUAUGACCGCAGAAACGAAGAGGUGGACCCUGUUGCAUCGUCUGCCGAGUACGAGUUGGAGAAGAGAGUGGAAAAGCUGGAUCUUUUCCCAGUCGAGCUCGAAAAAGAUGAGGACGGGCUGGGCAUCAGCAUCAUUGGGAUGGGAGUCGGUGCUGACGCAGGCCUUGAGAAGCUGGGCAUCUUCGUCAAGACUGUCAUCGAAAAGGGAGCUGCAGAAAGGGAUGGCAGGAUCAAGGUCAAUGACCAGAUCGUGGAGGUGGAUGGGACCAGUUUGGUCGGUGUCACCCAGAGCUUUGCUGCUGCUGUCCUGAGGAACACCCAAGGUGUAGUCAGGUUUGUGAUUGGACGAGAACGACCCGGUCAGGUGAGUGAGGUGGCCCAGCUCAUCAGCCAGACUCUGGAGCAAGAGCGUCGCCAGCGGGAGCUGAUGGAGCAACAGUAUGCGCAGUACGAUGCGGACGACGAUGAGACAGGAGAGUACGCCACAGAUGAAGAAGAGGAUGCAGGCCACACACGUGAAGGUGGGGAGAUGACUAUUGAGGUGUUUGACUUGCCUGAAGCAGAGGACAUGUAUUCACCCUCUGAACUGGACACCGCCAAGCUUGCUCAGAAGUUCCGCGAGCUCCAGAUCAAGCACACAGUCACAGAGGCCGAGAUACAGAAGCUUAAAAACAAGCUGCAGGCUGUAGAAAAGGAGAAGCAGCGCUGGGACAAAGAGCGAAGUCAGCUGAGGCAGAGCAUUGAGGACAACAAGGAGAGGAUGCUGAAGCUGGAGAGCUACUGGAUCGAGGCACAGACCCUGUGCCACACGGUCAACGAACACCUCAAGGAAACCCAGAGCCAGUACCAAACCCUGGAGAAGAAAUACAACAAAGCGAAGAAACUGAUCAAGGACUUCCAACAGAAGGAGCUUGAGUUUGUCCAGAGAGAAGAGGCUGAGAGGAAGAGGCUGGAAGAUGCGGAGAAGGCUCAUUUAACUGAGAUCCAGCUACUGCAGCAGAGGAUCUCAGACCUGGAGGCAGAGCUAAUGGUGCUGAUAAAGCAGAAUGGUAUCCAGGUGAACAACAACAACAAUAACUGCGUGGUGAGCAGGCCAGCGCCGGGAAGGGGCCCCGACUGGACACGGAGACCCGUGACAGCCGAGUCCUGCCGAGAUUUCGGUGAGGCGGCGCUGGGGGCGCAACGGCUGGAGAGUGAUGCUCCGAAGGCACAAGCCCAGGUCUCGACCGGGAACAGCAGACAGAAGUCCUCCGUGGCUCCUCCGGGAGAUGCGCUCAGCGCUGCGGUAGGGGAUGACGGCGUGGACAGGAGGAAGUCAGAGGGGCUUAGCAGUCCCACAGCGUCCCCCACAGUGCUGCCCCUGGGCUCCGUGAUGGACGCAACCGCCAAGCCCUGCAGCGGCACUGACUCCGUCCACCACCAAGACCAAGGCUGCCAUUCGCUGCACUGUUCCAGUGUUUCAUCUGACCAGGAGAAGAAAUCCAGCCGACACCCUGAUCCAAGCCCCACAGAGCCGUCCGCAGAGAACAGCCCGGAGAGACGGAGGGACAAGACCCAGGCUUUGAACGAGGAUUUCCGCGCAAGUGCGGCAGAUUUCAGCUGCAUGCCAGGUGAACACAAGAUGCCAGGCCGCUCGCACACCCUGGUGCUGUCAUCUGAUGAGAGCCUGGAUAGGAAAGAAGACGAGAUUCCGGAUGAAGGCCAGACUCCCAGACACCACCAGUGGCAGAACUGCAGCGUACUGGAGUGGAACUGCCAGCAGGUGUCCCGGUGGCUCAUGGGCCUCAACCUGGAGCAAUAUAUUCGAGAAUUCACUGCCAGAAACAUUGACGGGGAACACCUUCUCCAGCUGGAUGGCAGUGCUCUCAAGGGCUUGGGUGUGGUGUCUUCUCAAGACCGUGCCCUGAUCAAGAAGAAGGUGAAGGACUUGAAGGCCCUUGUGGAGAAGGCUCAGAAGAGCAGGGAGAAGCUGGAGAAGCACCGUGAGAAGCUGCACAAGAAAGAGCUAGAGCAGAUGAAGAAGCAGGCAAGGAAAGCGGACAAGCCCCCCGGGGUGCCAGUGGAGGGGGCCACCAAGUAGCCUAUGAGAACAUGCCCGUUGAUAGAGUUGAGCGUUCCUUGAGUGGUGUCCUUCGAAGGUCUUCGAGCAGAGGAUCCAGCGCAUUGCGCUGAAAGGCCCAGAAGCUGCCACUGGAGCCGGGAACAAGCCGAACCCAUGACCUCGGACUGGAGAUUGAGACCUUUUCCUUGUUGCACUCGUCCUUCAGUUUUAUGGAGUUUCCGCAUCGUUCAGUCACGUCAUUUAUUUUGCGGGGUGGGGGGGUUAGUGACCGAGGAGCUGUCACUUGAAGGAAACUACAAGUGGAAGGUGUUGAAAAUCUGUACUUCUGUAGUGACAUUUUUCUCACAAGCUGUGAAUGAGUCUCAUGUGCCAUUUUUACUAUGAAUAACAUGUAUAUUCUGUGCAGACACACUGAUUUAACUUCGUCACCUCACGCUUUUGGUGAAAUCCACCAGACCAUGUGCUGGAUUACAGUCUAAAAUAUGUUUAGCACACUAAUAUAAUUUAUUAGGCUGCUGCUUUUUAUCUAGUACAGAAUGGAGGCCUUGUUCACGCAGCUGAAGAUCCUGUGCACUUGGUUUCCUGCACGCUCCCACUGCCACUUUCAUCGUUUUACAUCCUUGGGUCCAACAGGCAGCGUGCAGCCUGGACGAGGCCUGCAGGAUGACGCCUGCAGGAGGGACGAGCAGUUUCAAGCGCUGUGGGAACUGGCAGUACGGAUGGGGCCGGAGCGUAGGCGGCGGAGCGUCCGAGCCGUAUGACGAUGAUGGAACGGGAAUGUCCGACCGGGAACGAGCCGGAACAGCGCAAGUGCGGCGCUCCGUCGGAGCGAGAGCUUGUCCCGAACGGUUCCGGUUUCAUUCUAAGGAAACGCAUCCCUUUUGUUAGCUACGUGGCCGGCUUGGCGUUCUCGGUGAGAGAAAAAAAAACUUGACAAACGAGCGAACUAGACGAGAGCGGGAAUUUGAUAACGCGAUACAUCUCGGAAGGUCACGAGCAUAAUCGCGUGAGAUGCAGGUAGAGGUCGUGCGAAUGAGCAGAGACGUGCACCGGAGCGUAGUGCGUACCGACGCCGGGCAUUCAGCCGUUAUUCGAUCCACUCACGUCCUCAUCUGGUCCUCAAGAUCUGUGCUCUUCGGGAAACGAUGCACAGUUAUGUAAAAUGCUCGGUGACGCUGCUCUCUCCGUUCUUUGUCUCGCACGUCGUGCACACGCUUCGCAGGCGUUCGUUUUGGAGGCGUUCCUCGCUCACGUGGAGGACGUCUGUAGACGUGCCGCUGCUUCGGUGCUCUUUGGCAUGAGUCACGAUGAGUCCACAUCUACGUACUUUUAUUUCCUCCCCAGCGGUCGGCAGGAUGAAGUUUUUUUUUUUUUUUUUUUUACCUGUCUUUUAAGACGCUUCAAAUUUCCAUGAAUGCAUGUUUGUGUUUGUGCACGUUCUGAGAACUUCCAGAGUCCCCACCCGUAUUUCUUCUUCAUUUUUCCUUUCGUUGAAUUGCGUGUUUUACUGGAAGGCUCAGGGUUUUUCUUUUUUGUAAUUUUUUCUGUAAUUUUGUCCCAAGGUUUUGGACAGUAGGUUGUGCCAAAGGUGCAGAAACCACAUUACAGUGUUCAUAUAUCAGCUGCCAGACAGCAGGAAACACCCACCAGUAGCCGGCCCUUUCAGUGUGGGCGAAAUGUGAAUUUAAUAGCAACCCCAGUGACAUAUAAAACUGCAGAGCAAGUACUAAUAACAUUGUUCUGAUUUUACCUUAAAAGCGAUUCUCUAACAGACCCUUAACGACUGCUGCAUAUGAAUUUUUUUCCGCAUUUUUUGACCUUCGAUUUUUUUUUUUUUCUGUUAACCAAAUAUCAAAAUCAUUU